AUGGAGCAGAUCCGAAGCUUCUGCGGGAAGCUGCGCGCGCUGGCCUUCACCCUGGACCAGGAUACUGCCCGUCUGCAGCGGGCUCUGCAGGAAGAGGAGCCCGAUUCUGAAGAUUAUCCACUGGGAAUUUUAACUGAUCUUUGUUCCGAAGUUCAAAGCCUAAAGGAUGAUGUUAAUAAUCUUUUUGAUAACGCAAGUUUGGAAAGUCAAGAAAGCAUUAGAUUCAUAAAGGCAACAAAAGUACUGAUGAAGAAGAAUUCAAUGGAUAUCAUGAAAAUAAGCGAAUAUUUCCAGAAGUAUGGAUAUAAUCUACGAGUCAAGGAAAAUUCAGUUGAUGAGCACAAUAUAAGUGAAUCUAAGCUUGAGUCUGCCGAGCAUGAAAAUUUUCAAAAGUCUGAUUUGAAAGAUGAUUUAUCUGAUGCCACUAUGCCAAGCAGUUGCGUUUCUGAAAAUUCUCCACGUAGUCCACAACUUUCGGAUUUUGGACUUGAGCGGUACAUGAUAUUGCCAAAUCUUCCACAGGCCAUAAAUAACAAUAAGGAAGAGCCAGAAAUUAUAACUCCAUCUUCCAAAGAAUCACUAGUUAGUGUACCUAAAACUCCAAAAUGUACACUAAAGAUGGAUGAUUUUGAGUGUGUUACUCCAAAAUUAGAGCACUUUGGUAUAUCUGAAUAUACUAUGUGUUUAAAUGAAGAUUAUACGAUGGGACUUAAAAAUGUGAAGAAAUGUAAAGGUGCCACUCAGGAGGACCUAGAAACAGAAGAGAUCAGUAAUGAUAAAUCUAUGAUUUCUCCUGGCCCCAUAAUUCAGCAAUUGGGAACAAAAACUGCUGAACAUAUGAAUUCCCCCUUGGCACCUACAUUCUGCACUCCUGGUUUGAAAAUUCCUUCCACAAAGAACAUCAUGGCUUUGAUGUCUACAAGCUGUCCAUUAUCUGAAAAAAAAAGUUCAGCAGAUGAUUUGGAAAUAAAGGAUUGUACAUCUUUAACUUUCGAUUCUGAUGAGUGUUUCAAGAAACUCACAUCUCCAUCUCCUAACAUUUCUUCUUAUGAGAAUCUGCUCCAAACACCAACACCUCCAGAUGUAACUACAAUUCCAGAAGAUGUUCUCCAGAUUUUAUCGAAAUACAGCUCAAACCUAGCUACUCCUGCAGCAGUUAAAGCUGUGCCUCCUGUCAAAACACGCCUUAUUAAAUAUGAAAAGCAGAACACCCAAGACAUCAGUAACAAAGAGAACUGGUGAAUGUGAGUAUGAUAAAGAAAAGA